AUGACGUCCUCGUCGGAGCCUAGCAAGGCUCUCAUCACCAGACGAGCGGAGGAUGCAGCUUUAAUGCCUCCACCACCUCCCCGAAAACGAAUAAAGCGCCCUGCCACCGUAAUAGAUGAAGACGACUACACUGAUGCUCUAUCUCAUAUCAUUGCUCGGGACUUCUUUCCUGGCCUACUGGAGACGCAGUCGCAGCAGGAAUAUCUGGAUGCCUUGGAAUCGCGGGACCGGGAAUGGAUUACGGAAGCCGGAAGGAAGCUGACUCAAGUCAUGACGCCCGGGCCAGAUGGUCGGCGUGCACGAGGAAGAAGAGGAACAAGCUUGGCUACUCCGCGCAUUGCACAAGGAACCGAGACGCCGCGGGGUUGGGGAGGAGAUACACCAGUAUCAAUUGCAUCGGAUGCGACAUCGGUGACAGAAAUAGAGAAGAAACCUGAGGUCGAUACGAACAUGAGCUUGAGUUCAUUUCAAGCGAAAUAUACGAGUGAGGAUAAUGAGAGCUUCAACAAGCUGCUUGACAAGCAAAACGAGAAGCGAGCUCAAAAAUAUGCUUGGUUGUGGCACGAUAAUAAGAUCCCUGCUCCGCGGCAGAUUGCGCACCGCCAGCGCGAGCAAAAACUGCUGGAAGAAUGGAAGGCGCGCGAGUCUGAAGAUGGAAAGUCACAGCUAGAAAUCACUGCGCCCGAUGACCGCCCCGCGAAGCCCGAUGCGUGGAAAUCCCGACCUGAAAAUCAGCUCAUGUUCAAGCCGGAUUCAAUUGAAGACACCCACAAAACGGUUCAACAAGCUGCUGAGGAAGCCUCCAAGGCUGGUCCUAAGGCAGUAAUCUACGACAAUACUCGUUUGCAGCUGCAUCCAAUAUCAGCUGACGGCCCUCGACUAGGAAGUGUGCCGCCCUCGCCCUCCUUGUCAGCUGUUCAAGACGCCAUUUGUGGUCGACCUCGUGCGACAUCAACUGAGCCUGGGUUCUCCGGCACUGCUACUCCCCGUGUUAAUGGUUAUGCUUUCGUCGACCCGGAGCCAACCCCUGCACCAUCAAAUCUGAGUGAUUCUUCUUGGAAUGAUUAUUCGCCUCUGCGCCUGGGAGGGCCCAUUGACACAACACCAAACCCAUUUAAGAUCAAGGAUAAAAGCCGCCGCGAAGACCUUCACCAUCGAAUGGUUGAACGUGUUGCGAAGAACAAGAGGAAAUCAACUCCGCAACUUGGGAGUUCGCCCAACACGCCUGUCCCUAAAUUCACGAGCCAAACGCGCGUCAACCCCGGGAACCUUACGCCUGCGGCUCAAAGGCUCUUGUCAAAGGUGGGAACACCAUCAGGGUCGCCGAAAGGUCUAGGUGGUUUAUUUGAUGGCAGAACUCCCAAGUUGAAGGAGAGCGGUCUACGACAUCGGUGGACACCUACGCCGAAGUCAAAUAGAUGA